UACUGUAAGUGUGACACCGACCUUAUUGUUUUGCUCAUUCUACUCGUGCCGACCGGCUCCACUGCUGAUGACAAAAUAACAUGAAUCUUAUGAACGAUAAUUAACCCAACUUGAUGUUUCCCCUGCUGAUUAUUAUUCACGAUAAACAGCUUUUCAUUGAUGAGCGGCCGUGAGGCAGAGGCUAAUGGGGACAGAACGUCACUGUUCAAAUCUACCGGGAGGAAACCACAUUGGAGCAGAAGAUCUGAGGAUCCUGACUACUUCAUUCCAGUGUUCUGUCAAAACGGCCUCUCAGGAAAUGCUUUUGAGAGGGUUUGAGAGCAAUGGCUGUCUUCUGCGCUGACCUGACAAACAUCGAGACGGACACCAAAAUAUAGCUUUGGUGCAAUUUCCAGAGCAACACAACAACAACAGCCACCAUCGAAGCAGUGUUACCCAUGCAGAGCAAGGGGAACAACUACUAGAAGGCUCAGAAGUGAUGACGUCAUCAGAAGGUGGGGAGGCGGUGCUUCUUGUUGGAGAGGGGAACUUCUCGUUCUCUGCCGCUCUGAGCCGGAUCGUCACCACGGAGACAAAUUACAUCACCUCAGGGACCGAUGACAUCACAAGGGAGACCGAUAACAUCACCACGGGGACCGAUGACAUAGCCGGUGGGAGGGGUUUAAGGAUCACAGCCACCUGUCUCCAGACCAAAGAGGAGGCGCUACGACACCACGGCUCUGCCCACAACAUACACACAAUCACACACUCAGGUGGGGAGGUGCUGUUUGAGGUGGAUUGUACGCGUCUGUCAGAGUGUGUGUGUCUGCGUGGUCGACAGUUUGACCGCGUCAUCUUUAACUUCCCUCACUGUGGUCGGAAGAGUGGCGUGAAGAAGAACAGGCUGCUGCUCAAACACUUUUUCCUCAGCUGUGUGGGGGUGCUGAAGGAGGAAGGGGAGGUGCUUGUGUCUCUGUGCAACGGGCAGGGCGGGACUCCAGCCGACCGGCCAAUGAGAGAGUGGCACAACAGCUGGCAGGUGGUCGCCAUGGCAGCAGAGGCAGGGCUUAUCCUGAACGAGGUCCGCCCCUUCGAUGGCGAGAAACCUGACAGUUACCAAUCCACCGGGUACAGGAGCCAGGAUAAGUGUUUCCAUGCAGAGCAGGGCGUGACUCAUGUGUUCAGUCGUAGUGUGGCCUGCAGCGCCCCCCAGAGGAAGGACAUGAAACAGCACAUUCUGGGAGGACGACCAUUGACCUACCACAUACCUGCUGAACUUUCACAUUACAUACACAGGGGUUUUCUCUCGAAUUCUAAUCAUCCCGUCAGGCUGGUUCAGGACUUUCUGGUUCAGGCCCUGGAGAGGGAAUGGCCUGUCUCCAUGGUUACAGAGCCCCUCCCCCUGCUCAUACACUCCUCCCCCCAGAGACUAAAUGCAUGUUGCCCCGAGAUACAAGACACACAUACACAUUGCUACUGGCUACACCCCUCCCACACACACACCCCUUCGCACACACCCUCAGAUGAUCACAAACACAUAGACACUCUACUGACAGACACACACAUAACCUACGACUCAGAGGAUGAGGGAAGGGAGAGAGAGUGUAGCAGCCGUUUUAAGGAGUGUGUAGGUGAGGGAGAAGAGUGUGUAGGUGAGGGAGAGGAGUGUGUAGGUGAGGGAGAGGAGUAUGUAGGUGAGGGAGAGGAGUGUGUAGGUGAGGGAGAGGAGUGUGUAGGUGAGGGAGAGGAGUGUGUAGGUGAGGGAGAGGAGUGUGUAGGUGAGGGAGAGGAGUGUGUAGGUGAGGGAGAGGAGUGUGUAGGUGUUGGGGGAUACGUGCUGCGUCCUUCUCUACUACCUCAGAUGGAGAUACUGAGAAAGGAGAUAGAACACAGAGAGGAGGUUCUGCAUGGUGUGAGCGGCCUAGUCUUUCAGAGAGUUCACAUCAGUCCCUGGUCCCCCCCUGCCUUCCACCAGCUCCUCCUCUGGGGAGCAUGGCCCAAAGCCUCUCAGUCAAUCCCUGACCUGGGGCGGAGUUUGGAGCGUCUGCUGACCCCCUAUGGGCUUUCCCUGGCUGAGGAGCAGGGGUCUCUGUGGCUGGCAGCCGAGCCGAUGGGACGGCUAGGCCGGCUGUGGGCUGAUGACCUCACUGAUGGCGUCAGUGUGUGUCUGAACCUUGACCUCCUGGCGUCACUGGUCUACUCCCUACCUGACUGGCGCCUGCUCUGGUCACCUGACCCCCGCUUCCUCAACCACUUCCUGCUCCGCCCAUUGCCAGGGCAACCGUUCCAUCCCUUCUCCCUGUUUCCACAGAGCUUUGUUUAUGACAUCAGCUUCUGGGCGGGGCCAGACUGGCAGGAGGCAGCGUUUCAUGCUCUAGUCAGGGAGGCCAGUAGAGAGAUGGUAGAGAACGUUACGCUCAUCGACACCUACAAAUCCAACACACAGACCGACGCACACCCUGACGUAACACACACCUACACACCCAACACACAGACCGACACACACCCUGACUUAACACACACCUACACACCCUACACACACCCUGACUUAACACACACCUACACACCCAACACACAGACCGACGCACACAUUGACUUAACACACACCUACACACCCAACACACAGACCGACACACACCCUGACUUAACACACACCUACACACCCUACACACACCCUGACGUACCACACACCUACACACCCAACACACAGACCGACACACACCUUGACUUAACACACACCUACACACCCAACACACAGACCGACACACACCCUGACUUAACACACACCUACACACCCUACACACACCCUGACGUACCACACACCUACACACAGACCGACACACACCCUGAUGUACCACACACCUACACACCCAACACACAGACCGACACACACCCUGACGUACCACACACCUACACACCCAACACACAGACCGACACACACCCUGAUGUAACACACACCUACACACCCAACACACAGACCGACACACACCCUGACGUACCACACACCUACACACCCAACACACAGACCGACACACACCCUGACGUAACACACACCAGCUACUGUUACAGACUCACCUAUCGCUCACACACACAUGCCCUCUCACACACGCGCGCGCUCAAACUCCACACACACCUGCAAAGCCUGCUGUCCACACGCAUGCAUCUCACCGUCAGGUAGUGUCUGUCUGUCUGUGAGAGAUGAGUGCAGUGUUGUAAUAUGCUGUUGGUGUCAGGAUGGUGUUGGUGUCAGUACGGUGUUGGUGUCAGUACGGUGUUGGUGUCAGGAUGGUGUUGAUGUCAGGAUGGUGUUGGUGUCAGGAUGGUGUUGAUGUCAGGAUGGUGUUGGUGUCAGGAUGGUGUUGGUGUCAGGAUGGUGUUGGUGUCAGGAUGGUGUUGAUGUCAGGAUGGUGUUGAUGUCAGGAUGGUGUUGGUGUCAGGAUGGUGUUGGUGUCAGGAUGGUGUUGGUGUCAUUGGCCUCCACACUUACCCUGUAAUGUCAAAGUGGAAUGAUGUUUUUCAUUUUUUUUUUACAAAUGAAUAAAAAAAAAUUAAGCUGAAA